CACCUUAAACAACAGCUGGAAUUAAAACGCAGAAGAAGAAGACAGCAGCUGUUAGCUAGCUGGAUGAGCUAUAUUUACUCUUUGUCCGUGAAGGAAAUAAAGUAACAUUACACUCUGUUGUCAAAGAAAACUGAUACACGUAUUGAAUGAAAUCACUAAUGGUGUGGAGUCGGACUGGUGUAUUUCUCUCUGAACUGAGUGGCUAACUACAAAAAAAAGGAAGCCAUGAACUUUCAGGGCAGUCGGAGGCGAGGAGAGGAUGGCAUCGCCAUGGUGAUUGACUUCCUACUGUCUAAUGCCCGACUGGUUCUGGGAGUCGGUGGGGCCGCUAUGCUAGGGAUUGCUACAUUGGCUGUGAAGCGGCUGAUAGAGCGAGCAGGACGUGCAGCAGAUGAUGAGAAGGUGGAGCAGAAGUUGGCCGAGAGCUGGGAGGAGUUGAGUUUGGUCUCUGCAUCCCCCACGCUGAUCAAGAAGGGAAUAGAGGGCGUGGUGAUGAAACAUGUUGCCAAAGCAGCCAGACAGCAGAAAGCUGACCUGUGCCAACAACCCCAGACGUCCACUCCUGAGGCGCUGUCUAAGGUGGAGUCAAAGUCCAAGAGACUCCAGCUGUGCGUCCUCACUCUGCAGGAACGCCUGCAGCAGUACUAUCACACGAGGGCGGCUCUGGCUCCACAUGAGGUCCAGAGAGCUCAGUCUCUGGCGCUGGACAUCUGCACUGAGAUCCAGGGCUUCCUGCACAGCCGUCUCCCCGACAUGCCGCUGGGAGAAAUGAGCCUCGGGGGAUCUCUUCUAGAUGACCUGCAGGUGGUCAGUGCGGACCAUGCCUGUCUGAUGGUGCCACUGCAGCUGGAGGCCUCUCUGUGGCGUCUCAUCCCGGGGGAGGAAACGCUGCUCACACACCCGUUGCACUGGAUGGUCCGACGGGUCAAUCUGGAGUAUUUUCCCAGAGGACGCAGCUACUGGGACAGGUACCUGGUGGGGGGUUACUUGUCUGCAGAAGCUGUGGUUAACAUGUUUAGUAAAUCUGUCAUGGAAACAAUAAACUGGCCGUCAAUCAGCAGCACUCUGGACUGUCUCGUCAGACCGGUGCUGGGAGGAACCGACCUCAAACUGGAGAUACGGCCUUUGAAUGAAUUUGGGGCAGAGAGCAGGGAUCAGUCCCUGUUCAUCUCCAUGCUGCCUCUGCUGAGGGAGGAGGACGUGGUGCUGACCGCCCAGACGGAGCUCACCUCUCCCUGGGUCAACGCCUGGCACCUGUCUCUCUACCCCUGGGAGAACCAGCGGCUGACUCAACUGGACACCGCUGACGGGGGACACCGCAGACAAAUGCUUAAAAUCCUCAAGGCGGUGUGCAGACUGAACCCCGCUCUAAGGCCGCUGGAAGCCGCGCCACUCUCCAAUCUCAUUCUGCACCUCAGUGACGGAGAAAGCAACUGGUCCGAGAGCAGCCUGGGCGCUCGGUUCCAGCAGUGCAUCAUGGAGCUGAUCGGCUACCUGGAAAACGGAGCGCUGCACAGUUACUUCAAGCCAGCGGUCAACCUUCUGAGCGGCUUGUCAGAGGACCAGGUGGACCAGAUGGGCUUCAUGCUCUACUGCGCCGUAACAGAGCCCGAAAUACUGCUCAUAUAACUGUCUGCACAUAAAGCACUUUACACCUCUCAAGCUCUGACACACACAGAUCAGAGGAGAAAUCAUCCAACAUGUUGUGUUAUUCCCUCUGCCUACUCACGUUGUCGAGUUCCUCCGUCCUGCUUCGAUGCAAACUAACAGGGUACAGUUGGAAAGUGGCCGGCAUGUUAGAGGAGGAGAAGCUACAUGGAGACGGAUGUGAAAGUGAUAAUAAAGCUAAAUGAACCGAUCCGAGGAAAGGAGACGUGCAGAGAAAGUGUUUAUCAGAAUGUUUGAAACUGUUGCCGGGCUUUCAUCCAAAUGAAUUGAAAAUCUUAAACGAAUUUCAAGAAAAAUCCCCAAAACUUAAAUGCGAUUGAGUCCUUUUUUUCCUUUUGUCCACUACUGAUUUUCAGGACCUGGCUCAUAGAGAUAAGACAGUUUAAAACCUUAUACUGUUGCAGAAGAAGAGGGCGCAACAAGGUGACAGGAGAAUUGAAAUGGCGCCAGUCCGACCUGACAGGUCAAUGGACAUAUGACAAUUCAUGAAUCGAUGUGAAGAUGCAUCAGAUUGAUGUGGAGCCAUGAUAAGCCUGUUUUAAUCAGCCGCAUUCAUUCAUCAUCUCCAGCAGAGCAAAAGCAUCAGUGGACUUUGAAGUCAGAUGCUUCAUGAACAUCAUCGUUUAUUCUGUUUCUAUUGCACUUUGUCGGAGUUUGCUUUUAUUGAUUCACUAACUUUUCCACCUCCGGUUUGAGUUGAGUUGGAGUCAGUGAUGGCCAUGUACAGCUCAUUACACAAAUAAGCAACAGAGGACAUGUUAUGGUAAAGUGCAUCUUUCUAACCUCUAAGUUCUGGAGUGUGCGCUGCAUUAGUUUCCUAAAUAUCUAAUAUAUUCUAAGUAAUAAUGAGGUUUUAAAGCACUUCAGUCCGUCUGUGUUGGACUCAUUCAACACAAAGUGUAUAUUUUAUUAUCCUGCAGGUUGAGGUGUGCAGUAUUUGUUUGUCUUGUUUAUUGUUCAGUCUGUUGCCAAUCUCGCUUGGGUGAUAACCCUUUCAGUUAUGAGAAAAAUCGCCUAAUCAUUUUAUGUAGUUGCUUUUAAACACUAUGAAUGUUUUGGCCAUUUCUUCAGUUGGGUUUUUUCUUGCCGAGUGAAAGAAAAUAGAGUAUUCUGUUAUUGAACAGUGAAACUGCAAAUAAAAAUGAAAGCAUUUGUUUAGAUUCUCAAA